UUCGUCGUACCUAGAGCCUAGCCAGGUUCAACUUACAAGUCGCUCCUACGACGGAUACCGGAGAGCUUUAAAUUUCGUGUUAUUCCCACCUAGAAGAGCUUUUACGUCAAAGCACAAUUCUUGGCUUACUCACUGAAUCGUGCUUUUUCAAUAAUACACGACAUCGCCGGUCGAUGAGUCAUAGUGAACUACAAUAAUCGAAUCGAUACUCCAUGAUCAACUGUUCGAGGCGGACAGCCUUUUUGUUCCACCUGUAAAGUUAACGUUACAAGUGCAAUGCGCUACGCACUCAGUGUUCUUUGUUUUGUGAAAAAUGUUCUCAGUGCUUUAUUUAUAAGAGAUGACGACACAUGAAGAACAUUGACAUCGAUUGUCAUUUGCUACGAAAAUGGUAAACAAUACUCAUAACGUAUCAUACGGAGGCAGCAAUCAUGUUACGAAUGUUGCCUAUUCGAAAUACUCAAAUGCUGAGCGAUCAACAACUCUGGCUUCAUCCUCAUCAGCAGCUAGUGCAUCUUCAUCCAGUAGACCAUUCUCGAGAGACCCAGGAGGUCAAGGAAAGGACCAGGACGUCGUCGUUCUUUUGCCACAUCACAAAAGCAGAACGCCAAAGAUCAGACACAAACUCUCGACUGUUUCCGAGAAUGCAAGGUUGGAUGUAAAUUCGCCGUCCGGUGAUGAUGAUCUCGAAUUGUGGGAUCAAUCUGGGUUCAUGCUGAGGGGCGAUGUAGAUGACCCCCUUACGAAUUCGAAGUGGGGUGCGCAAGGAUGGUGCAGACCCAGUUGCAUUCCAAUCACAGUAAUCUUAAUCCUGAUCGUGCUGGUGGUUCUACUGCCUCUACUAGAUCAUGCAGCAGACAAGCAUUUAUUGAAUUCAACGAAUUCAAACAAUGACUCUUCGCUGACCUGCAUGGAUAGCUGUAGAGUAUCACUCGUAGAGUCGAUACCCAUCGGUUUGAAUUACAGCAAUGGAUCGGUAAUGCACGACAGCACAUAUUAUUCUUGGAUGGAACUGAUUGGAUCUGCACAAGAAACUAUAGAAAUCGCGUCCUUGUAUUGGACAAUGAGUAGGGAGGAUGUCUAUCCGGACGACAGUGCUAAAGAAGGUGAGGACGUUUUCCAAGCGCUUCUCGAAGCAGGAAGAAACAGGGGUGUACGAUUAAAAAUUGCACAAAAUGCCCCGUCCCAACUUAGUCCCAAUGUGGACACGGAAUAUUUGGCCAAAAAAGCAAAUGCACAGGUGCGAAGCUUAAAUUUUGCUGGAUUACUGGGGGGCGGUGUAUUGCACACGAAGUUAUGGCUCAUAGAUAGAACGCAUGCUUACGUUGGUUCAGCAAAUAUGGAUUGGAGAUCCUUGACACAAGUGAAAGAGCUCGGUGUGUUCGUCUUAAAUUGUUCCUGUCUGGCAGAGGAUUUGGGAAAAAUAUUUGACGUUUAUUGGAUGCUUGGUAAAGAUGGCAAAGUGCCAUCUUCAUGGCCCGAAUCUCUCAGAACGAAAAUAAAUAUGGAUAAUCCUAUGAACUUUACUCUGAAUGGCAAUAAAUACAGGAGCUUUAUUGCGAGUUCGCCGCCUCCCUUUUCUCCAAUUGGCAGAACCAACGAUCUUGAUGCAAUAUUGCAUUGCGUCGAGAAAGCAGAAAAGUUUAUUUACAUUUCCGUCAUGGACUACUUCCCAUUAACCAUCUACACGCCUAAAGUAAAAUAUUGGCCCAUCAUCGAUAAUGCUUUAAGGUCAGCUGCCAUCGAGCAUAAAAUAAAUGUCAGGCUAUUAAUAUCAUGGUGGAAACAUUCACGAACAUCUGAAGACUUUUUCCUUAAAUCCUUACAGGAUCUAACACAUAGCUACAAAGGUGUCCAGAUUGAAGUUAAGAGAUUUAUUGUUCCAACAACUUCGGAUUUUGAUAAGAUACCAUUUACUAGAGUUAAUCAUAAUAAAUAUAUGGUUACUGACAUUGCUGCAUAUAUUGGUACGAGCAAUUGGUCUGGUGAUUACUUCAUUGAUACAGCUGGUAUCGGUAUGUUAUUCGAAGAUAAUAGUCAGAAAAAUCAAAACAGCAUUAGACAACAGCUAGAAGAUAUUUUUCAUCGCGACUGGAAUUCACCAUACGCUCAUUCUUUAAAUAAAACAUAUUGAAAUAUGGACAUGAUAAAAACUAUGACAGGCAAUGCUAGGCAUAAUUGAUGUUACCACGUACAUCAUGUAUGUGUAAGAAAUUUCAUGCACUUAGUACUUCCAAAGUUUCUUUAAUGAUUUACAUGUAUUAAUAUGUAAACAUGAAUCGCUCCAAUAUAGUUGGAAACAAGCUCCAAACAAAAAUUGCUUAGGAUAUAUAUUUUUGUGCAAACAAUUGUUACAGGUAGAAAAUUCAUUUACGAAGAGACUAGAAUUUUAUGUGGAAUUUUAUGUUACCUUACGAACACAUGAAUUAUCUUCCUUUUUUUUUCUAAGUUGUUAAUUAGGAUAAGGUAGCAUAUUUUAUAAUUACACCUUGUCUAGAUGUAAUACAUUUAUAUUCUUGAGAUAUGUCUCCUUAUGGAAAGAUCGUCGAAUAUAUGAAGUCGAUGAUUAUACCAUAAUUGUACUAAUACCGUUUUUACUGAUCAUCGAUCGUGUGAUUCAGAUCAAAAGAAGCAAUUAGUUGUGUAAGAUAAUUACAAUUAAUGUAAUGAGCGAAAUGCUGGACUAAAAAUCAUUUUUCAGUCGAGUUGUGCCUUGCUUUAAGUGUCCUUCGGUCAUUUUGAUUAGAUGAUUUUAAGAAUAAUAUCUUAUGCCAUAGUACGAUAUUUAUUAGGUUUUCUAUACAUAUUCAAAUAUUUAUUGUUUACAAAAUUAAAUAAAGCAGGAAACAUGGAGCUGUUUCCUGGUUAAUCAGUUACGACAAUCGCCUGAAUUUAGAAAGAUUCAAAAGUCACUCCGUACUGAAAUACUAAAUGUGAAUUUAAUAUAAACAUAAACCUGAACUGGUAUUCAUUAGUUGCAAAAAUAUUAAGCGCAAGAAUAUGUAUAUGCAUUCAUCAUCAUACAUACUUAUGCUUAUACUUCGAUAACAAUUAAUUAUUUUUUUAUUUAUCUCCAAAAAUGAUUGACGAUUGAUAAAAAUCUCGAAUGUACUUAAUGAUAAUGACAUUCCAAAUGUUAAAUUGUAGACAAAGAAAUUGCGCAUGUGCGUUUUCGAAAGAAAUAAUUACAGACGCACAGUACAGUCCUAAAAUGUGGACGACAAAAUAUUUUACGUAAUGAUAUCUUUAAUAUUCGUGAGAGUUUGAACAUUUUGUGAAAACAGUUUAACCAGUUUCAGUUCCGUUUUGUUGUACUCUUUAUUCAAGUUAUGCAUUUUUUUAUGUGAUGCACACUAUAAUACUGAAAUCUAUCAAAUCCAUAACGUGUUAGUGACGUGCCACAUGCAUCAUACAAAUAUGGUUAAUAUUCCUGAAAGUAGAAAUUUCUUUUUUUUAAAACUUGUUAUAUGAAUUUAGCUAAUUUAAUCAGGUAUGCGUAUCAGAUUUAAACUUCGUCUCUGUAGCAAAAGUACUGCUUUUUGAAUGCAUUGCAACUUCUUUAUAUCUCUAAAACUCUCUGUACUUCCUUUUAGUCUUCUUCGUCAGAGCAUAAUAGAAUAACAUCUUGAAUUAUUUUUAAAAAAUCGAUAUUAAACAGGCAUAAUACGUAUAUCCUCAUAAGGAUAACCGAAAACUAAAUUUGUUAUAGUCAGUUCUUAUUUAGUAUUAAAUGUAAUAAAAUCUGCAUAAUAUAAAAGAAUCCCAUAGAUAUAUACACGUGGAGAUCACCAUAUUUGCAAUUUAUUUUAUUUUAUAUAGAUAAGUGUGUCUAAGUGGUGGUGCCUACAUAUCACCUGUUCCUCUAUUGGGAUUUGCGGCUGUGUAUUUCUCGCGACUAUGGAAAUUAAAUAAAUUUUGACAUAGAUCAUAAUGAAUUUCCUAAUACGAUUAUUUUUCUAUACGAACAUUUGAUGCCUAUGAGGAAAGUCAACUAUAGGUCACAGUCUUUAGCUGCCUUUUACAAAAAACAUCAUGUGAUUCUCCUUUUUUAUAUCAUCCAGCGCUUUAACCUUUAUAUAUUUCAUAAUUGUAUUGCGAUGUCAUUUUCGCAAUGAUAGAUCAUUGCGUUGAAGAUCAUCAAUCUGCACAAAUCUGUUAAUAUAAAGUCUACCGACUCGGAUCCUCGUCUCUUUUAUGCAUUUAAGAUAUACUGCAUGAAAUAAAAGUAUAAGCGAAAUAAUAUCUUAUAUGUAGUUACAUAACUAAAAGGCAUAAAUGUAAUAAAGUCAAAAUGACAAAAG